GUUUUCACUCUCUCAGCGGCCCACAUACAGAGCGGCCCACCGGGAAAACUCCCGACCCUCCCGAUGGCCAGUCCAUCCCUGCAGUCAGGUGAAAAGUAGCUUUAAUAAUGCAGUCAACAGAAGAGGGACACGUCACCCCUGUGGAUCUACAAAAUGAAGAAUUCCAGAAGAAAAUAAUACAAAAGGAGGAGGAUGAAGAUGAUGAUGAUUUCUUCUGUGAAGUCACUUUAAUCCCUCCAGAACUUGUUGGUUCUGUGGAACUGCUCUUCUCAGAGGACCAACAGUGUGGAGGUUUCCAGAUGAAGCCUGUGAAGAAGGAAGAACCUGAAGAUACAGAUGAACUCAGAGGUGUUUUUUGAAAGCUGAUGCGGAGGAGAUUGGACAGGCUUGGAUGAAAGUAAUACAGAACAUCAUUACCAAGCCUGAUAAUGCUGACAGAUCAGACAGCUUGGAGACACUAGACAGGAAGUCGUCAUCAUCGUCUGCAGUUAGUUCAGAAUCAGAUCAGCACCAAAAAGCAUCUGGAUCUUCAGCCUCUGUAGCUGAGAUCAGCCUUGGUGAAGUGAUCUUUGAAUGUGCUGCUGAGUUGAAUGACUCUGAUGCCUCUGUUGAGAGCGGUGGUAAGUAUAGUACAUACAGCUUUUCAGGGGUUUGUUCUGUAGGUGCAGAAGAAGAAAUCCUGAGCGAUGAAGAAAGCCCAGAGGAUCCAACCACCAGCGUUCAUUUCUUCAACAUCCUGAACCAUGAAGAGAGUUUUGAUUGUUGCUACACUGUGGGAGAGCUGCUGGGAGAAGGAGGCUGUGGUGCGGUUUAUGCUGGUGUUUGUAAUGCAGAUGGGAAACAGGUUGCUGUGAAAUAUGUGCUGAAGGACCCCCGCGACGGAUUCAUCACUAUUCCUGGAGAGACGUACCCACUUCCUGCGGAGGUGGCGUUAAUGAAGAUGGUAUCCAAGCCACCUCACUGUAAUUCUGUGCUGAAACUACUGGAUUGGUUUGACACGCCCGAGCACUACAUCCUAAUCCUGGAGCGACCCAUCCCCUGUAUGGACCUCUUUGACUUCAUUCAGCAAUUCCCAAUGAAUGAAGCUGUGGCUCAGCUCAUCAUGUGGCAGGUGGUUCUGGCUGCAAUUCACUGCCAUGAUUGUGGAGUUUUUCACCGGGACAUCAAGCCAGAAAAUCUUCUGGUGAACACCGAGACACUGGAGGUCAAGCUGAUCGACUUUGGCUGUGGGGACUUACACAAGGAAACAGCGUACACCUCAUUUUCAGGCACUAAGUCAUACACUCCACCUGAGUGGAUAGUUGAGAAGGAAAUGUAUGGCUGCCCUGCUACUGUGUGGAGUCUGGGCGUACUCCUGCACACCAUAGUUUGUGGAGAGAUGCCGUUCGGGGAUGAAGUGGAGAUUGUUGAUGGGGGCCUGGACUUUUUACCUGAACUUUCUGACACUUGCUACCAUCUGAUAAGUAGGUGUCUGGAGAAACAGCCUGAAAAACGUCUCAGCCUUAAAGAAAUCCUUCAGCAUGAGUGGUUUACAGAGAACAGUAUGAGGUUAGGGCAUCUGCGUGGAUGAAGAUUAUAGAAAGAAGACUGUGUGUGUGUGUGAAAGACCUUAAAUAAAAAUAAAGGUUCUUGUGUAAAUAACA